GUUUCUUCAAUCAAACUUUUUUGAAAAAGCUGGAAAAAUACGAUUGAUAUACAGUCAUGAUCUAUUUUUAUUAUAAUUAAUAUAUUAAAAUAACAAUUAAAAUAGAUCUUACACUUUGCGACUCAAUAUUUUGAGAUCCACUAGAAUUUGGAGUUUCAUAUUGGAGGUUAUUGUCAUCGAUGCUAAAAAAAUAUAUAUAAUAUAAAACUUCAAGUUUAAUUUUUAUAAAUAAAUUUAUAUAUUUAUUCACAAAUAAAUACUAAUAGUUUUUUAAAUUACCUCUUUUCUUUUUUUUUUUUCGCUGCCCAAUACUGUUUUGUCCUUGAUGGUAUAUGUGAAACAUUAUCCAUAUAACAAUAUUUUUUAUACAUUCCUCUUUUUUUUUGUCAAUUUUUCCUCUUCGGAAUUCUUAUUGAGAUCCAUUCUAAUCACUUUAUAUUUAUCACGUUACUUAUACAGUGUAUCAAAAUCCAUGUUGUUUUUAACUAACGAAAGGUUAUAUAUAUCCACGAUCAACUUUAAAUCUCGAAUGUCAACCAAUGGAAGUACUCAUGAAGUCAAAAUUAUUGUCACAAUUAUUUUGAAAAUUAUAAUAAUCGAGCUGAUAAUUUACAGUAUUAAUUUUAAUGAUUAUAUAGAAAAAUUUUAUUUAUCUUUUUUUAUAAAAAAAAACAAUUUGAAUAAUAGUGUUACUUAUAUAUAGACAUGAUUAUUAACCUCUAAACUGACUAAAUGCAGUAGCGUCGGUUGAGUAUCAAGCCUAAGUACUUGGCAGGAAAAGACAUUACAGGAAUUUCUCGACGAUUAAAUAUUUUUAUGAAGUCUGGUAUUGCGUUGUGUUUUAUUAUUUAUUUUCAUUUAUAUUUUAUUCGUUUAAAUUUAUCAAUGAUAAUAUAAUAUAAAUAUAAGCAGCAACGAAAGUAAGUAUUAAAAAUUUAAAUAUCUUGUUUUCUUUAUAUAAAUAAAUAUAUGACUUUCUGUAUGCUGGUAUUUUAAAUUUUUUAUUUCAUUGUGUAUGAUUGAAGUACAUUAAUUUAUUAUUAAACUAAAGAAAUCGCAUUAAUAAUUUUUAUGUGAUUUGUACUAACCCUCAUAAUAUGGUUUUUUUCCGUAGGAUGACGCAAUUGUUUGCAUUAGUAAAAUGGGUAAGUGGUGAAGAUAAAGACAAAUACACUGUCGGAAUACCGACUGAAUGGAUUAUUAACUUCAAUUAUGAAGAUUUUAAAAAUGAAAAGUGUAAUCCUGCAGAAAGCUAUGUCAUUGAAUGGCGAAAAAGUAAAAAAAUGCCAGCUGGUGGUUGGGAAUGCUAUGACGGUCUGGUUACAGAAGUAUCUAGUAGUAUCGCUGUGCUAGAAAAAAAAUUUUCUACCUAUUAUAAUGGCAUCCAAUCGCCAAAAAAUAUAAAUGGAUCAAACGAAAAACAAUUUUCAAAUAAAGAAAAUGAUGAUUUAAUCCUCCCCGAUGACAGUACUGCUCGUGCAUCAAACUUAACUUUUCAACAAAGUAAUGAAAAUGUUCCAAAUAACAGCAAAUCUAAAAAAGGAAAUGUAAGGUCUUCGGGUGACGAAUAUCCAAGUUCAGACGAUAGCGAUCAAAGAUCUGAAAAGACACCGGUACAUGGAAUGGAUAAUGCGGAUGUAUCACGGCCUAGAACUUUAUUCGGUUCACGUAAUGAUCAAAAUGAUGUCGCUUUACAAAUAUUAGCGGAGCUUAAAAAUAUGAGAAAUGAUAUCAUUCAAAGUCAACGUCAAAAUCAGUCUGAUACUGAUGAUGAAAACAACCCAAAAAUGGUUGAAGUUGGAAGACGUGGUAGUGGUAUCAAAAUUACUGAAGAGCAAUGGGAAUGUGCCCAAUCUCAAGGUCGCUGCACUGCAAUGGCAGUUGUUUUGCUUACUGCGAUCGUGCCAAUGGAUACACUGUUGCGAAGUAAUCUAAAAGGAGGAAAAGCAAGAAUCAGCAAGGAUCCUAAUAAUCCGACUCAACAUCAAGGUUUAGAUCCUGCAAUUCUCGAAGCCAUCAAAUAUACUGUGAGAAAAAAAUUUAAAAAAAACUAUGACGACACAAAAAUCAAUACGGCUUUGAAUGUUAAAAUGAGCUCAUUAAGACGAAAAAUGAAGCCAAGAAACGAGAAUGCUCAAAAUUAAAACUUUUUGGAUGAAAGAUAUUCAAAAUAUUAUAAACAAAUGAUAUUGAUGAUUUUGAAGCUCGAAACUUAUUAUUUUAAAUUCAGAAUAUUUUAUAAUUAUAAUUGCUGCAAUUAUAACACUUUUGAU